UCACAGAGCUGACGCCAACAUCAUCACAAACCUACUACGCAGACAUUUGUGUCAUUUUGAUCGAAUCACAGUCAUCCGUGUUCUAUAUUAAUCCAUUCCUCGAGUCGACUGUCACUGUCACAUGAAUGAGUCGCGAUGUCUAUUUAUGUAUACUGACUGAUAUGCAAGAUAUGGUCUGGUAUAUCAACGGCUGUGUAUGCGGACAGUGUACAUGUAUGCGUAUUCUGUUAACGCUGACAAUUUGAGGUUAUUCACGUAUACCAAGAGAGUUUUGUUGAACUCACUCACCAUUACUGCAGUGUUAAGCCCCAUGAAGGCCAACACGUACGCUGUCUAAGGCUGUAUAUAGCCAAUACUAUAGCUAUAUAGCUAUAUUGUUAGCUACAGGAACUAUAUAUUUAUAGUGUUGUAGCUAUGGCAACUCUAUAAACCUCGCAGAGGAUGCACUUACUGAGUUUCAGCCAUAAUCCCAAAGGGUUCGUCCUUGGGUUCGAGAGCCCCAACCUCUCUGACGAUGCUCUCGAGGCUUUCAGGAGAUACAUAUGCGCCCCAAAACAACACUCGUCGAUGUGUUUCGAAGAACUUAGAACAGUGUUACUGGCGAACGACAACUUCGCCACACGACGUCUUCUCCUCCGAAGCGGAUUCAGGUGUCUCCAUAGCAACAAACCUGAGACUUUGGCCGACCUUAUAAGCCUUAUCUCAGAUACAGAAAUUGUUGGUAUAAAGAAGGAUGUUGUGAACACUCUUCUUGAAUAUGAUGCAAGGGAGUGCUACCCUCUGCUGCUGUCAAAGGACAUAGAAAUAUUGGACCUGUGGCCAGACCUCGCCUUGGAGUCGAACCCGUACGUAAAAGCAGUAGGUAUAAACACAGACACGGUAUUCAUAGACCUACUGCCAGAUUUCCUAGUAUGGCAAGUUGUCUCCCCUUGCCAUCGUCACGGACUUCGUUCGACCAGACGUAUUUCAAGAAGAGUGAUCAAACACACCGCCAUGUUCCUCAAUGACUUUGAUAUGAACUUUGAUUCUAGAAACAAGACGAAGUCCUUGAUGGCGCUUGAGACCUUACGCGCUUGCAAUUCAGUUGUAGGAUUACAUCGCUGUCUUGCUAGAAUUCUGGAACGUCCGAUAAUUAUUUGGGACGAAUGGCAGCAGUUUCUCCUCAAGGUGUUAGUACUGAUGGGACACCGACCAAGUGAAAGCCUGCUCAACAAGUUAAAAGAGUCCGAUGACUUGAGGCCAUUUGUGUUUUGGUAUGAGUCCCAUACGAGGAGAGUGCCAUCAUUGCGAGACUGUGCCAGGGUGCGCAUGCGGAAGUCGGUGACCAAGAGCAACCUUCGACAUGCAGUGUCCACUCUGUGUGUUCCACAAAUGGUAAAAGACUACAUUCUGUACAGAGACUCAAACGAAUUUUUCAAGUGACCAAUAUUUUCAGUUGUUUCAUUGGACCCGCGAAGAUCCGGAGUAGAAUAGGUCUUCAGCAACCCAUGCUUGCCGUAAGAGACUAUGCUUGUCAUAUAAGAGGCGAAUGACCGGAUCGCGUGGUCAGGCUCGCUGACUUGGUUGAUGCAUGUCAUCGUAUCAAAGAUAAAAAAACAUCGACGUAUUGAGCUUAAUGAUGUUGCUGCUGGAGAUAGCACUAACUUAGUGCCCAGUUGGUGUGUCAAGUCGUUUCUUGUUCAUUACAAGUUGUUCUGGCAAAUAGGAACACAAUGAUGUACAUCGGUCAAUUACUGGAGUCACACAUCAAUAGCGUUUCAAAACUAUUUUCCUUUCAAUAAAUAAUGAAAUUAA